AUCCAGAGUAGUCUGCUUCGUGUUUUAGACAGAUGUAUCAGAAAUUCUAAAACAAUUGUAUGCAAACGAAAAAAAUAUGCCCAUAGAUUACAGUGCACAAUACAUCAGUGUUCUUCAACGUGGCUAUUUCACAAAUUAAAAAUUACCCUCAUUUUCUUGUAUCUUGACUGGAUGGCAUUGUGAACCGGAAGCGGAAGACAAGAACCUUAUAGAAUAAUUGUUACGGAAACGUUGUUUGUUGUCUUUCUUCAAAGAGACUAAGGUUAUCUUUUAGCUACAGUAGUAAUCUGUAGUUAAAUAUACGCGAGUUUUGCGUGGGAUCAGCGAGAAAAUCGACAUGGACAGUGAAGUGUCAGACUUCGACCAGCCGCCGGGAAUGGACGGCAGCUUGGAGGGGGAGAACGGAGAGAACGCUCCAGUCUACUGCAUUUGCCGCAAACCCGACAUCAAUUGCUUCAUGAUAGGCUGUGACAAUUGCAACGAGUGGUUCCAUGGAGACUGCAUCAACGUCACAGAGAAGAUGGCCAAGGCCAUCCGGGAGUGGUACUGUCAGAAGUGCAGGGGCAAAGACGGCUCCCUGGAGAUCAAGUACCGGCCCAAGAAGCCGCGGGAGAAGGAGACGGAGAUGGAGAGGCUGGAGAAGCAGCGCGGCACGCCCGACUUCAAGAUCGACCGCCGCCGGGGAUCACGGGUCUCUGACCUCCCCUUUACGAUCAAGCGCUCGGCCCGCAUGUGUGGGGAGUGCGAGCCCUGCCGGCGGACGGAGGACUGCGCCCAGUGCGACUUUUGCAAGGACAUGAAGAAGUUCGGGGGCCCAAACAAGAUACGCCAGAAGUGCAGGCUGAGGCAGUGUGAAGUGCGAGCGAGGUUUCAUAAACGUCAUCUUGGAUUGCACAGCACUUCUCCACCUCUCUGCCCUGGCUUUCUCACGAAGAUGCUGCGUGUGCGGGACGAGGAGUUCUCCAUGAAGGAGCAGGACAGCUCUCUGGGGCGAGACGGGCCCCUCUCGGACGAUUACGACGAGCAGGAGCUGGAGCUCUACCAGCAGUACAGAGCUGCCGGAUACGACGACCACAACAUGCCGUGGCUCAGCGAUGAAGAUGAUGGCCCGUUCCUCGACCCAGUGCUGCGCAAGAGAGCGGUCAAAGUCAAGCACGUGAAAAGACGAGAGAAGAAAUCUGACAAGAAGAAGGAGGAGUACAAGUCGCGCCGGCACAAGCAGAAGCAGAAGCACCGCGACCGGGUGAAGCACAGCGAUCGGGGGGAGGGGCGGGACGGCGGGGGCCUCCGCCAGUGCCUGGGGCCCAGCUGCGUGGAGGCGGCGCGGCCCAAUUCCAAAUACUGCUCCGAGGACUGCGGCAUGAAGCUGGCUGCCAACCGCAUCUACGAGAUCCUGCCGCAGCGCAUCCAGCAGUGGCAGCAGAGCCCCUGCAUCGCCGAGGAGCAGGGCAAGAAGCUGCUGGAGCGCAUCCGGCGCGAGCAGCAGUCCGCCCGGCUGCGGCUGACCGAGAUGGAGCGCCGCUUCCACGAGCUGGAGAGCAUCAUCAUCAAGGCCAAGCAGCAGGUGGUGCAGCAGGACGAGGAGGUCAACGAGGGGGACAGCGACGACACGGACCUUCAGAUCUUCUGUGUGUCCUGCAGUCACCCCAUCAACCCCAAGGUGGCGCUCAGACACAUGGAGAGGUGCUACGCCAAGUACGAGAGUCAGACAUCCUUUGGCUCCAUGUACCCCACGCGCAUCGAAGGCGCCACCAGGCUGUUCUGCGAUGUGUACAACCCGCAGAGCAAGACGUACUGCAAGAGACUGCAGGUCUUGUGUCCGGAACAUUCCAGAGACCCCAAGGUCCCGGCAGAUGAAGUGUGUGGCUGCCCCCUGGUGCGCGACGUUUUUGAGCCGACCGGAGAGUUCUGCAGGGUGUCCAAGCGCAAAUGCAACAAGCACUACUGCUGGGAGAAGCUGAGGAGAGCUGAGGUGGACCUGGAGCGCGUCAGAGUGUGGUACAAGCUGGACGAGCUGUUUGAACAGGAGCGCAACGUGCGCACGGCUAUGACCAACCGCGCCGGUCUGCUGGCCCUCAUGCUCCACCAGACCAUUCAGCACGACCCCCACACCACCGACCUGCGGUCCAACAAGGACAGAUAGUCAUUCAGCACGACCUCGACCUCCCGCCCAACAAGGACAGAUAGUCAUUCAGUACGACCCCCCACACCACCGACCUCCGGUCCAACAAGGACGGAUAAUCAUUCGACACCAACCCGAACACCAACCUCCCGUCUAGAAAGGGCCGAUAGUAAUUCAGCGCAACCCCCGCACCACCAACCUCCAAUCCUACAAGGACGGAUAGUAAUUCAGCGCAACCCCCACACCAUGACCUCCAGUACAACAAGGACAGAGUGUCCCCCGGGGCCUGUCUCCAAGGUCCAUGGUUUUUAUUCACAAACCGUUGUUACUUCUCUGUACAUUUGACCUGCGAGUUCUAUUUUCACAUUGCAUAUACAGAGAACAGACUGCGGAAAGACUUGGCAGAGGAUUUUUUAUUUAGAUCUGCCCUCCGUGCUUUGACCUAUCAACUGCUUGUGGAUAUUUUACCAUUAUGUGUAUAUAUAAUCGCAUAUAAUCCUGCAAACGCAUUGUAGAGUUAUUUGUGCUGCUUAAGAUGUCUUUCUUUUAAGUGUGUUUCUUUUUUUAACACUUGUUUUACUAGUUUAUGACUUGGUAUCUGCUUCUCUCCCAGUGCACCCUUAAUUUCCAUCUUGUGAAAAGAGGAGGCUUUAAAAAAUACAAAAUUGCAUAUGGUGUUAAGAAUGAUGCUUUGAGAAUUGUCUGCUAUGCCGGAAAUAAUGAACAAAUGUAGACACAUCGGAGAAUGCCGUCAAAGAUGACAUCUCUAACAUUUUCUGAUCUCUCAUUUGUCUGGAUACAUUUUUUUUUCAGUUGAACACAUGUCAGCGUUGAUCCUUGGCAGAGGUAGUGUGUAGAAAUAGUACUGCUCUGUGUGUGUCCUUUGGUGUGAAUGGUUUUUACACAUAAAUACUUUUGGAAUUCUAUCCAUUGUGUGCAGUUUUUCCAUCUAUAAAUCCUGUAAGUCCUCGAAGUCUGUUUGUACGUGAAUUUUGCAUUAAAUUUUGUCUCUGGCUCUGAAAAACAACAGGGAAAAAAAGAAUAAAGGAAUACAGAUGCAGUA